CGUGUGUGUAUAUGUGUGUGUGCGUGCAUGUGUGUGUGCGUGUGGGAGAGAAAUGGGGGAGAGAGAGAAACAGCAGUGAUAAUCGACACCAGGCUGCCACCACUCUGCAGCAGUGAGUGGCUGCAACAAAAACCACAGAAUAACACCCAGACUCCCAGUUCUGCUGUUCUCUCCCUGCAUCUCAGCUGCCAGAGGAGGGCUGCGCUCGCUGCUCUGCAGAGGCAGCAUCAGAAGCAGGAUCUCUGGCUGCCAUCAACAAGUUAGGGUUGGACGACCACAACCAUGAAGAAGGACGUGAUCUUCAGUUAACCACCAGAACCAACAUCGCUGCACUGGAGGAGGCGACAGUAAAGAAGGAAAAAGCUGAAGGGAGCUGUUGCAUGGAGUUGCUCUGGAUCCAGCUGAUCAACUUAAAAAUAGAGCAUUUUUAUUUGGGAUUGGUGGGUGGGAUUAGGAAAACGUCUUGCAUCUUUUGAGCUUGGAUCUUAAUGGACUCUGACGAAGAAGAGGGAUAAAGACCAUCGGUGGACAUGGAAUUUCAUGUUUUAUUUCAGUCGGGUGGGCUCCGACUUGCUUUAUUUCAAAAGAGGCUGAUUCCUUUUGUGUUUAUUCAAAAGGGCUUCUCCUCUUUGAAUUUUCCUUCCAUCUGGAUGCUCCAAGAGUCUUCGGAAAAGGACAGUUGAAUGCCGCCUCCGAUGUGCACAAAAGAAUGGGUUUCCAUUCAAGGUGGCCAUUGGUGGGACCUGCACCAGUGGCUGUGAGUGUGAUUAGUAUGCUCCUAGCGUGCGUGCUGUCUCCUGCAUCAUGCACAACCUGCCCCCAAAAAUGCCGCUGUGAGGAUCUGCAGUUUUACUGCGACACCCAUGAGCUUAAGGCACCGCCAGAUGGUGUGGACAAGGACGCCCUGGGCUUGUCUCUACGCCACAAUAGCAUCACUGAGCUCUCCGCUGAUGAAUUCUAUGGUUUCAGCCAACUCACCUGGCUCCAUCUAGACCACAACCAGAUCACCACAGUACAGGACGAUGCCUUUCAAGGCCUCUAUAAACUGAAGGACCUCAAUUUGAGCUCCAAUCGUAUCACCAAGUUGCCCAACACAACCUUCAUCCACCUCAUCAAUCUUCAGAUCCUGGACCUUUCCUUUAAUCAGAUGAUUUCAUUGGAACCAGAACUCUUUCAUGGACUUAGGAAGCUCCAAAUACUUCAUCUUCGCUCUAAUUUACUUCGCACCACUCCUGUUCGGGCAUUCUGGGACUGCCGCAGCCUAGAAUAUUUAGGCCUGAGCAGCAACCGUCUACGAAGCCUGGCCCGGAAUGGAUUUGCUGGGCUCAUUAAGCUUAAGGAACUCCACUUGGAGCACAAUCAGCUGACCAAGAUCAAUUUAGCCCAUUUCCCUCGGCUUGUUACACUCCAGUUUCUGUAUCUGCAAUGGAAUAAGAUCAGCAACCUGACAUGUGGCAUGGAAUGGACCUGGACUACUCUGGAGAAACUGGACCUGACAGGAAAUGAGAUACACGUACUGACACCUGAUGUGUUUCAAACGCUGCCAAAUUUGAAAAUGUUGCUACUGGAUAACAACAAACUAAGCAGCCUAGAGCCUGAAGUCUUGACAAUGUGGCAGUCUUUGAGCACGAUUGGGCUAUCCAGCAACUUUUGGGAAUGUACCAAAAGGAUCUGUUCUCUGGCCACAUGGCUGAGCACCUUCAGGGGAAGGUGGGAACAUUCAAUUCUCUGCCACAGUCCUGAAUAUGCUCAAGGCGAGGAGAUUCUUGAUGCCGUUUAUGGAUUCCAGCUUUGCCAGAACUUUUCUGCUCCAGUAGUUCAGACCAUUAGUACAGCCACAGACAGAACAGUGGCUGCAGAGAUCACAAGCUCUUUAUUUGGAAUUAUGCAGCAGACCCCCACACAGGACUAUGCCGAGGAUUUUGGGAGCUUUACUACAAUCACUACAACUACAACCACAACACACACACCACACACUGCUCAAGCAACUACUGCUUUGCUGGAAGAGAACGCCGUGACCGAUGACUCUUCAGCAGUGGACAACACUGUCAUGACUCAUAGGGUUAUUAUUGGAACAAUGGCCCUUCUGUUUUCUUUCUUUUUCAUCAUUUUCAUUGUAUAUAUCUCACGGAAGUGCUGCCCCCCCACCAUGCGGCGGAUACGCCACUGUUCAGCUAUUCAGAACCGCAGACAGAUGAGGACACAGCAGCGACAGCCAAUGGCAGACCUAGCCACACAGGUACCCUAUAAUGAGUAUGAGCCCAGCCAUGAAGAAGGAGCGCUUGUGAUCAUUAAUGGCUAUGGGCAGUGCAAGUGUCAGCAACUGCCUUACAAAGAGUGUGAAGUCUGAACUCUUAUUUAUUCCAGGACAUGAGGUUUGUCAUGUGACCAUUUCAGCAGAAACAGGGUUUGAUUUUUUUAUUUGUUCUCAGUUUUAUGUAAAAAAAAAAAAAAAGAAAAAAGAAGCAGAAAAAGCGUUUUUACAAGUGAGAUAUAAAGAUAUUUGACAUAUAUUAAAUGCUUUAAAGACGGAGGUUGGACAGUAAAGGAAUCAUGCCAAGAUAGCCACUAAAUUAUUUUUCUAUGAAAGCAAUGAUGUUCAUUUCAGCCGGGGGCAAUCAUCAUCAGGAGAGGUGUGAACGGGGAGAUUUAUCUAUAUUCAGCAACACAGUGAAACCACUGGGCCUGACGACCCUCUGCUAAUAUAAAACAACAAGAGGGGGGUGGGCGUGAUGCGUCAAUUCUUCCUAAAGGUAAUGAUUUGAAAUUAGAUUUUAUAUUUAAUUCCUCCAGAGGCACCGGAUGUCCAUCCGUCAGAGGUCUGAUCAGUUAUCCGCGUGGUGUUUUAUGACAUUGGUACUGAUGUUAAAGUAUAAAUAAAGGUCACCACUUUGGAAUCAUUUCAUAGAAAUAAUAAUAAUGAACCCAUGAAAUUUAACCCUUUUACAAAAUCCAACUAAAAUCAACAAUCCUGAAUAAGAAAAACUUUUGUUUUUCAAAUAUUUGUGAUUCUUUAUAAACUCUGGCUGUGAGCAAAUGUGAGUAAAAGGUGGGAAAUGGAAAUGAUGGUGAAAUAAAGGCUGUUAUUUAAU